AGUAAAGAAGUCUUCUCAAAUCGAUAAGAUGGAGAGAUCGAUUUCAUCGACGGCGAAGAGAUUUGUUCGCCGGAAUCUCCAGUGGAAAGGUAAUCCUCGAACCGCUCCUUCUUCCUUUAUUCAUUGCUACGGACGACGAGCUUUCGCUAGUGCUAGUGGUGAUUACAGAGAGAAAUUGAGUAGAAAUAGGCUGAGUGAUUUAAAGCUAGAUGAUGCAAUUGGAUUGUUCGGUGACAUGGUACAGUCUCGUCCUUUACCUUCCAUUGUUGAAUUCAGCAAACUGUUGAGUGUUAUUGCUAAGAUGAAGAAGUUUGAUGUUGUCAUCUCCCUGGGGGAGAAGAUGCAAAAUCUGGGAAUUUCACAUGAUCUCUUUACUUACAGUAUUUUCGUAAACUGUUUCUGCCACUCUUCUCAACUCUCUCUUGCUUUAGCUGUUCUUGGGAAGAUGAUGAAACUCGGUUAUGAGCCCGAUGUUGUCACGCUUUCUUCUCUUCUCAAUGGUUUCUGUCACAGUAAGAGGAUUUCUGAUGCCGUAGCUUUGGUUGAUCAGAUGAUGGUGGCAAUGGGAUAUAAACCUGAUGCGGUCACAUUUACAACUCUUAUCCAUGGGCUUUUUCUCCACAACAAAGCUUCCGAAGCUGUGGCUUUAGUUGACCGAAUGGCUGAGAAAGGCUGUCAACCGGACCUGGUAACAUACGGUGUGGUAGUAAACGGUAUAUGUAAGAGAGGUGAUACCGAUUUGGCUUUAAAUCUGCUUAAGAAGAUGGAGAAAGGGAAAAUAGAGGCUGACGUUGUGAUCUACAACACAAUCAUCGAUGCUCUUUGCAAAUACAAACAUGUGAAUGAUGCACUCGACCUAUUCAACGAAAUGGAGAUCAAAGGAAUAAGACCGGAUGUUGUUACCUACAACUGCCUCAUAAGUUGCCUUUGUCAUUACGGAAGGUGGGAUGAAUCUGCUAGACUCCUAAGCGAUAUGAUUGAGAGGAAAAUCAACCCCAAUGUAGUUACAUUCAAUGGAUUGAUUGAUGCGUUUGCGAAAGAGGGGAAGCUUUUAGAGGCUGAAAAGUUGUACAAGGAGAUGAUCCAAAGGUCUAUAGAUCCCAAUAUUUUCACUUACAAUUCACUCAUCUAUGGGUUUUGCAUGCACAAUCGCCUCAAGAAGGCCAAGGAUAUGUUUGCUUUCAUGGUUAGCAAAGAUUGUCUGCCAGACGUAGUGACUUAUUCUAUUCUUAUAAAGGGGUUUUGCAAGUGUAAGAGAGUAGAAGAAGGUAUGGAACUCUUCCGUGAGAUGUCUCAGAGAGGAGUGAUGGGCGACACUGUCGCUUACACCACACUUAUCCAAGGGUUUUUUCAAAAUGGCGACUGUGAAUAUGCCCAAAUGGUAUUCAAACAGAUGGUUUCUGAUCGUGUGCCUGCCAGUCUUAUGACGUACACCAUCUUAUUAGAUGGGCUUUGUAAUAACGGGAAACUAGAGAAAGCAUUGGUCAUAUUUAAGGACAUGCAAAAGAGUGAAAUUGAAAUUGAUAUUUUUACAUAUAAUACUAUGAUUGAUGGGAUGUGCAAGGCUGGUAAGGUGGAAGAAGCGUGGGAUUUAUUUUGUAACCUGGGCUUUAAAGGAGUGAAGCCUAAUGUUGUAACCUACACAACAAUGAUCUCAGGCUUGUGUGGAAAACGGUUAGUGCACAAAGCUGAUGCCUUGUUUAGAAAAAUGAAAGAAGAUGGGCCUCUCCCAGAUAGUGGUACAUAUAAUAUGCUGAUCAGGGCACAUCUAAGAGAUGGUAAAAAAGCUGCAUCAGCAGAACUCAUCAACGAAAUGAGAAGUUGCGGGUUUGCUGGAGAUGCUUCGACCUUUGGCUUGGUGACUAAUAUGUUACAUGAUGGAAGAUUGGACAAAAGCUUCCUCGAUAUGUUUUCUUAA